UAUUCUCUAAAACACUCCCAGUUUCAGUGUUUUUUAUCUUUAAAACCCACACCAAUGUUCUUCUCUCUCUAAGAUUUUGUCCUUUGGCGUCCUUUAAAUCCAUACCCAUAUCUUGUUUUCUCUCAACUAAGAGGAAAAAAGGUUGCUUUCUGAACUUUGAAUCCCAACAAUGGCGGAACCCCUUCACUAUCUUCUUCCCCUUCAGCUGCAGCUUCUGUUUGUCUUCCUUUUGCUUCCAAAACGGUGUCGUUCCUUCUCUCCUUUCUAGCUCUCUUCUUUCUUCUACCACAUUUGCUUCAUUCUCUUGGAUCCUGGUUUCUUCUACUGCUACUUUCAGAGAAAGGGGACUAUUAAGCUGUCCAAAUGGAGCAAUAUGAAAUAUUGGAGCAAAUAGGGAAAGGAUCCUUUGGCUCUGCUCUUCUUGUGAGACAUAAGCAUGAAAAGAAAAGGUAUGUGUUGAAAAAAAUUCGCCUCGCCCGUCAGACCGAUAGGUCCCGUAGAUCUGCACACCAGGAGAUGGAGCUCAUUUCUAGACUACGGAAUCCAUUUAUUGUGGAGUAUAAGGAUUCAUGGGUCGAGAAGGGUUGCUAUGUGUGCAUUAUUAUAGGUUAUUGUGAAGGAGGGGACAUGGCCGAAACGAUAAAAAAAGCGAACAGCGUUCAUUUCCCCGAAGAGAAACUCUGCAAGUGGUUAGUUCAACUUCUGAUGGCACUCGAUUACUUGCACACGAAUCAUAUCCUUCACCGAGAUGUUAAGUGUUCGAACAUAUUUUUGACUAAAAAUCGAGAUAUACGCCUCGGUGACUUCGGACUAGCCAAAAUGUUGACGUCAGACGAUCUUACGUCCUCGGUCGUAGGAACUCCGAGCUAUAUGUGUCCAGAACUUCUUGCUGAUAUACCUUACGGUUCGAAGUCGGAUAUUUGGUCUUUAGGAUGCUGUAUAUAUGAGAUGACUGCUCUAAAGCCUGCAUUCAAAGCGUUUGACAUGCAAGCUCUUAUCAUUAAGAUUAACAAGUCCAUAGUGGCUCCUCUUCCAACAAAAUACUCUGGUGCAUUUCGAGGUCUCGUCAAAAGCAUGCUACGUAAAAACCCCGAGCUUCGACCAAGUGCUGGGGAACUACUUGGUCAUCCUCAUUUGCAGCCUUACAUUCUUCAGAUAAAUCUCAAACUGAAUUCUCCGAGACGGAAUACGUUACCGGCACUCUGGCCCGAACCCAAUUAUAUGAAGAAGACGAGGUUCUCCGAGCCAUUGCCCUUUAAGCGCCAUUCAUUAAGCAACGAUCGAGCUAUAAAUCCAAGUGUUUCGGUAAUAGAGUAUGAUUCUCCCAGCUCAACGCAUGAUAUACAUGAUAAACAGAACUACCCGAGUCGCAAACCGACCACUGGUGACACUCAGGGUGGAGAAGCGUUUCGAAAGAUGCCUGCCAGGUCUGCAACUAAUGCUAAAACUUCACGGCUUCUAUCGAAAGCUUACGCCACUCGGGAAAAACGCGAUGAACCGUUGAAAAACAAUAAGAAAUUGCAGCUCCCAGUUUCUUCUACUUGUGUCCGUCGAGCAUCGUUCCCGUUGCAUACGAAAGCUACCACCGAUCAAAGCGCUUGCAGACCGAAUGUUGGUAUUCUUCACCACAUUAAGUCCCCGGAUGUCUCGGUGAAUUCUCCACGAAUUGACCGGAUUGCUGAAUUCCCUUUAGCAUCAUACGAUGAUACAUUUUUUCGUGUUCGCCGUGCUUCACUGCCAUCCACGCAUGGAUCUACGAGCUCCCUGCAGCACACUGAUUGUUCUAUAACCGAAGACAAAUGUACAAUCCAAGUUUGUGACAAGGUUUGUUCAACUCGUGGUUACACCAAAGCAUGGCAGGGAAUACAAUGCAGCUUAUUUCAAGAUGACCGAGACGCUCGAAGUGAUUCCUCCGCUCAGGAUGCAACGGCUGGGGCAUCGAGCCAUACCUCAUCAGACUUACGACAACGCCAUUUUGAUACGUCGUCGUUACAACAGAGGGCCGAGGCUUUGGAAGGUCUGCUCGAGUUUAGUGCGAGAUUGCUGCAGCAGGAGAAGUACGAAGAGCUCGGGGUGUUGCUGAAGCCAUUUGGGCCCGAAAAGGUCUCCCCAAGAGAAACUGCUAUCUGGUUGAGUAAGAGCUUCAAAGAAAUCAAUCUCAAGCAGGAAACAUGAACCACUCUUUGAUGUGCAGAGUCGUCGCAUUUUCUCGAGGUAUAUUUGACACUUGGGAAGAUGCCGAGAAGGAGAAAAACGUCUUUUCAUUAUAGAUUAUAGUCGUUUUAGUUCGAUAGACUAGCUAGCGAGUAGCGGUUAUUUGUCGUCCUUAGUUUUAACUCAUUAAUAGUAGCUGAUAUGCAACAUUUCUGUUGUAGGAAUGUAAAUUUACAACAGUUAAGAUGGCUAAGAUGGUCUCGGUUUUAGCUGAUGUGCACUUGAACUCGGACGUUGUUUCGGUUCGCUCUGCGAUCGGACUUUUGCCCGUGAUGUUUUUGUCUUGGCCAUAUAAUUUGGAUAGAAUGGAUGGUCAUUAGGCACGAAAUCUGAACGCCUUGGAUGAUCCAUGGAAAAUAAGGUUGUUUCAGCUGUUGGUUUGGACAUGUUCGGUUCCCUGGUGCCGGAGUGAUCUUUGUGCUGAUACUGCCUCGGGAUCGAAAGGUUUCGUCUACAAGAACAAGCAUUUGAUUCAUUCACUAUCUGUUCGAUUUGAGAACGAUUUAUAUGGUCACUCUUGCUCGUAUAUGAUCUCCGAGUUUCAUUGAGAUUCAUGUUUAGUCUCUAAGAAAAGCCAAGAAAAACCAGUAAACAAAGUGAGUGAGUAAUCAAACAGGUAACUAGAAACUGCGACGAGAUGAAUCAUGGAAUUUACUUUGUAUACUUCUUCGAGAUUGGUGUCAACGAUACGCUUACGUCGCCUCCUUUCGAGAAGCUCUUCCUCGUCCUCAAGCAGCUGGAUCCGACUCACCCGAGCUCGAACUUGGAUUGCCAUCAAAGCUUGCAGGCUCUUUAAGGUAGCAGCUGUUUGUUUCCUCACAAGAUAGCCUCUCACAAGUGCUUGUAUCUUAACCAGUGCUCUUAAAGCAUGCAAUGCCUUCCUUGCCUAGAAAAAACAUAAGCAAAUCACAACAGUAAACAGUAAAGAAUAUAUUUCGGAGCCGAUAUUGUUUA